AUGAUGAACGCCGGCGGAGGCGAACAGCGCCGAUACGUGCGGGCCAGUGACCGACGGCUCGCCGAAGUGGCGGCGCAGGCUGCAGCUCGCAUCGACUUAGAAACUUUGAAGCACCGCCGCUCAGAGGCAGCGGGUGUGACCACCGAGCGCUCCAUUGACGGUACAGUGGUCACUGCAACGUCUGUCAUCGAGUGUUCGCUCAAGGAGAUGCAGGCGCUUCUGAACCCGCCCACGAGUGACCGCUACGCGUGCGUCAUGCGUGAGCUGGUCGGGCAGGACUUCAUCUACGGCUCCAUCGUGCAUCACGCCCAGGAGAUCACGACGCAGAAUGUGUCGGUCCGAACGGCCACGUUCGUGAAACGCCACAUACUGGCGCGCAACGAGCAGUGGUGUUUCGUUAGUGCAGUUAAGUCGCUGGAGUCGUGCGACAACAACGAGGCGCAAGGGUUUAUUGUCACGCUUGCGUCGCUGCACCCGGACGACGUUUUCACCGGCAAGGCCCAAGCUGCCAGUGUGAUUCAUAUUCAGGGACUGUCGGCGCUCUAUCUCGUCACGGCUGAGCCGCACAGGAAGAGAUGGCAGGGCAGAGAGAAGCGCGCCGUCCGAGUCACAUUUUGCGCGCACGUGGCGUCGAUCCCGGGCUCAGGCAGGCCGUCCCCGUUCCGGUGGCUUAUGAUGGCGAGAAAUCGCGAAGAGGCCGAUGACGCGUCUAAUGGGGUAGUACUGGGACGGGUCGUGCAGCUCGCGCGCACGCUCAAACAGUUUAAUGUCGCUGUGCGUCGGCGACGACUGGAUGCGCAGGUUCUCGCGGACCUUCGAAAAGUUCAGCCCAGCAACUCCCGUUGCGCAUGCUGCACGCGCCGCGUCAAGGUUAGUAAGAGUUUCUUCGGCUCCAAGAGAGGAAGCACGGAAGGGAGGACAAAGGAAGACGCGCGUGGUUCUAAAUGCUGCCAGCUCUGCGGCUUUCUUGUCUGCGCUCGCUGUGUGUGCACAGUCGGCAAGGGCUCGAUGUCGGAGGAGUCAUUGGCCUCAAGCAAGGGUAUUAAGUACAGUCAGACUGUGCACUUGUGUGAGCACUGUAUGCAGCGCGUAGACGACGCCGAUUAUGACAGCUACUGUGCUUCGAACGGCAGUGUAUCACCGUCCAGUGCUAUCCAGCCCGAUAGCCCCAACGCUGAACUACCCAGCGCCGUUAUCGCACGGGUGCUGAGUCAGGUGCUUGGUGACGCUUCUCAGGACGAGAAACCAGUAGUCAUCCGGGUCAUUAAGCACCUGCUCAGCCCAAAGCAGGAGGAAAGAAAUAAGUUCCGUGCUGACUCCGAUGAGUUGGCCAAGAGCUUGGGUCGUUUGGCGGAGGAGCAAGGCUUCUCUUCCGAGAUAAAGGUCAAGACAGCCCCCCAAGUCACCCCAGAGGGCCUUGUGACCCUGGAGGACGAGGAGAAACCUCCACUUGCCGGCAGCACAGGUCGACAGUACGCGCUGCAGUAUAUGGAUUUGAACGACGAUGCUGAUGAAGAAGAUACGGACGAUACUGACGAUACGGAAGACGCCGAAGAUGUUGAAGACGCAAAAGAACUUACCGUUGUAUCACGCCACCCCGUACCGGCGGAUGAAGCCUACAGGUUGCAAUGGCUUGACACGCACCCGAACAUUAUUUCGCACGUGACGGAUCUCCCGGACCUAGAGCUGCUGUGUAACAUUGCUCAAGGAGAACUACAGUGCGACGCAACACUUGUUACCAUUUUCGGACCCAGCGCAUGCUACGUGGUGGCGUCUACCGAACCUUCUUGGCGGGGAGCUGAGAUUCCGCGUGACCAUUCUAUCUGUGGCCACACUCUUAUGACUGGCGAACCGCUGCUUGUCCGACACCCGGAGGCAGAUGUACGCUUUACUGCGAUGAAUCUUGUGCGUCGUGACGGUGUACGCUUCUACUUUGGCUUCCCAGUCAAGAUUACGUUCCCAGAAGGCGGAGGCACAACCGCUGUGGGAACGUUCUGCUGCGUUCACGCAGGCGAAACUCGCGAUGUGUCGGAAUCUCAAUACGCGCUCAUGGCAACGCUCGCAGAAGGUGUAAACCGAGUUAUGGAGUGCCGGGCGUCGCGCUUACUGGAGGGUUAG